AUCUAUCUUUCUCUCUUUCUCUCGGAGCUAGCCGAGAACAAGAUCUCAAAAUUUUUCAUCUCUACGUAUAACGAUCUCUCGAUCCAUCGUUGGUUUAUCGUAUAAAUGAACGGACGGGGACUGAUAGAUCGAUCGAUACUUCGAGAUCAUCGGUUUAUAAGAUGAACUUUGAAAUCAUUAUCUAAAUUACUAUUUCUCUUUUUUUUUUUCCUUUCUUUUUUUCUACUUCUUUCUAAUGUCCGAUCGUUCGAACGAAUCGAUAGAGAAACAAAAAUGUAAAGAAAAUUUCUUAUUUAUCAAUUUUACGCUAUCGAACGCGUAAUGAAAUGAUUUCAUCCUCUCAUAUCCUCUCUCUCUCUCUCUCUUUCUCUCUCUCUCUCUCUCUCUCUCUCUCUCUUUCUCACCUCAGUCCGUCGAUGAUUUGAGAAAACCAUCAAAUUCUUCGCAGUUCCUAUCUAGAAAAUAAUACAAAACAAAUGGAAUUUGAUUAUAAAUCCUUUAGUUUAGCAUAGACGACGAUCAGGAGUAUGUUAAUAAUAAUGUAUAAUUAGAUACGGAUUGUCGGCGAAAAUGUUAUUUUGUAGUUGUGUCUCUGGUACAUGUCGAGCAAGCUAAAGAAAAUAUAGAGAAAGAGUUGGAAGGAGAGAGAAAGAGAAUGAGAGAGAGAGAGAGAGAGAGAGAGAGAGAGAGAGGACACAAAAGAGACGGGCACGCGCGAAGGGUGUCGUUCUUCGAUGUUUCUCUCGAUGCUGAAGGAGGGAGAAGAGAAAGAAGAAGGAUAGAUAAGUAGAAAAAGAGAGAAAGAGAGAGAGAGAGAGAGAGAGAGAAAUGGUGGAGUGUAAAAGAGGAAAGAGGGGGCAAGAGGAAAGAGAAAGAGAGAGUGACAGUAGUAGAGAGGACUCCGUUACCUCUAGUCAGUCUUUGCCGAGCUGUUGUCAGUGCCAGAGUAUCGUCGGCACUUAUUUUCACGAUCAUGCGGUGACGGAUUUUCUGUCAUCGAUACGUAUCGCUUGUAAUUUCGUUUCCCUCCCUUGUACCUUAUCUCUCUCUCUCUCUCUCUCUCUCUCUCUCUCUCUCUCUCUCUCUUUCCCGCUCUCUCGCUUUCUCGUUCUCUCGCUCUCUCAUUCUUUCUCGCAUUCGCACAGACUCAUUUUUUACUCUUUUAUAUCACCGUUCGAUCUAACUCGGAUCAAAUACGAUUGACAAAUCUCUCUCGUUUCUAUAUCUCUUAUUUAGCGCGCGCACGCGCGCGCCUUCUGUUUUUCUCAAUCGGUUAGAUUUUUGUCAGAUUUUUCCUCUUUUUUUUUUUGUUUUUCUUUUUCUUUCGUCGUUGAUUUUCUAUUUUCUCUCUCUCUCUCUCUCUCUCUCCUCGCAUCCCUUUACUCUUGUGAUCUCCUGUGAUCUCCGUGAGUAACUCGUGAAAGAAGAAUCCUUUUCCCGGUUGAGAACAAGAUCGGAAACAAUGGUCUCGAGCAACAGGACGAUUAGGAGGCUAUUGCUUGCCUGCUUGGCGGUAUUCCUCCUGUGUCUUUCAAAUCAGGCAGAAGGUGCAAGGAAAAGAUUACGAAGGCCCACUACAUUAACACCAUCGAUCUCGAACGAUCAGGAGGUAUCGGCUAGUGUUAACAGGUUCAAGGUCACGCGUAAUCGUGUUAACAAUAAGAGCACAAAGAAUGAAAUCCAACCUGGAAAGACGAACGAUUACAAGGUCGUGUGUUACUACACAAAUUGGUCGCAGUAUCGUACGAAAAUUGGUAAAUUCAUGCCGGAGGAUAUACAGCCAGAUCUUUGCACCCACGUGGUUUUUGCAUUUGGAUGGUUGAAGAAAAAUAAAUUGACAAGUUUCGAGUCGAACGAUGAAACCAAGGACGGUAAAAUUGGUCUUUACGAGAGAAUAGUGAACCUAAAGAAAGCUAAUCCGUCUCUGAAGAUUCUACUUGCUGUCGGUGGAUGGUCCUUUGGCACGCAAAAGUUCAAGGACGUAUCAUCGACGAGAUACGCUAGACAAACAUUCAUAUACAGCGCUAUACCAUAUUUGAGAGAUCGAAAUUUCGACGGGCUCGAUAUCGAUUGGGAAUAUCCGAAAGGAGGAGACGACAAAAAGAAUUACGUUCUAUUAUUGAAGGAACUUCGCGAAGCCUUCGAGGCUGAGGCACAAGAAAAAAAGAAACCGCGUCUUCUAUUAACAGCUGCCGUACCCGUUGGACCUGAUAAUGUUAAAGGUGGUUAUGAUGUGCCGGCUGUUGCCAGUUACUUAGACUUCAUCAAUCUCAUGGCGUACGACUUUCACGGUAAAUGGGAAAGAGAAACCGGACACAACGCGCCGCUUUUCGCAUCAUCCUUGGAUUCGGAAUGGCAAAAACAAUUGAGCGUUGACAAUGCGGCAUCGAUGUGGGUAAGAUUGGGUGCACCGAAGGAAAAGUUAAUUAUCGGUAUGCCUACGUACGGUAGAUCAUUCACUCUGUCAAACCCAUCGAACUUCCGUGUACACGCACCGGCCAGCGGUGGUGGUAAAGCUGGAGAAUAUACCAAGGAAUCCGGUUUCUUGGCUUAUUACGAGAUUUGUGAGAUGUUGCAAAACGGAGCAGCUUAUAUAUGGGACGACGAGAUGAAGGUACCAUAUUUGGUGUACGGUGAUCAAUGGGUAGGCUUCGACGAUGAAAAAUCUAUAAGGAACAAAAUGCAUUGGUUGAAAUCUACCGGUUAUGGUGGUGCUAUGAUAUGGACCGUCGACAUGGACGAUUUCAAUGGUACUGCUUGUGUCGGAAACGUCAAGUAUCCAUUGAUCGGCGCAAUAAGAGAAGAAUUAAGAGGUAUCUCACGAGGACCGGAUGCCAAGGACGUCGAUUGGAGUUCAGUUGCUACUACCAUCACGGAAACUAUUGUUAAGAAACCAGAACCUUACAAAAUUUCUAUCUCUGACGCAUUGAGCAAGGCCAAGAAAGUACCAAAAUUAACUCAAUUGGUUAUUAAUACGCCAACGAACGAAAGAGAAGCGCAGACCAUUUGUUAUCUGACCAAUUGGUCUCACAAAAGACCAGGCCUUGGUAAAUUUUUGCCCGAGGACAUCGACCCAACACUUUGCACUCACGUCGUCUAUGCUUUCGCGACCUUGAACGAUCAUCUGCUCAGCGAAGGAAGCGAUCAAGAUGUUGAAAUGUAUAAAAGAUUGAUUGCACUUCGUGAGAAGAACCCAGACAUAAAGAUAUUGUUAGCUAUUGGAGGCUGGGCCUUUGGAUCGACACCCUUCAAAACAUUGACUAGCAAUACUUUCCGAAUGAAUCAAUUUGUUUAUGAAGCCAUAGAGUUCCUCAGGGAAUACAAAUUUGACGGAUUGGACGUUGAUUGGGAAUAUCCACGAGGAGCCGACGAUCGUGCUGCUUAUGUGAAUCUUUUGAAAGAACUCAGGCUAGCUUUCGAGGGCGAAGCAAAGAGCUCUGAUCAGCCUAAAUUAAUUUUAUCUGCGGCUGUACCGGCCAGUUUCGAGGCUAUAGCUGCUGGAUAUGACGUCCCGGAAAUAUCCAAGUACCUGGACUUCAUCAAUGUGAUGACGUACGAUUUUCAUGGUCAAUGGGAACGUCAAGUUGGACAUAAUAGUCCUCUUUAUCCUCUUGAGAGUGCAACGAGUUAUCAAAAGAAAUUGACAGUCGACUACAGUGCACGAGAAUGGGUGAAACAAGGUGCACCAAAAGAAAAAUUAAUGAUAGGUAUGCCAACUUAUGGCAGAUCGUUUACAUUAGUCGACGAAGACAAAUUUGACAUUGGAGCGCCUGCCUCUGGUGGUGGUAUCCCUGGUAAUUACACCAACGAAGCCGGAUUCUUAUCCUAUUACGAGGUAUGUGGAUUUUUGAACGAAGAGAACACGACUUUGGUAUGGGAUAGCGAACAACAAGUACCUUUUGCUUAUAAAGGUGAUCAGUGGGUUGGUUUCGAUGACGAAAGAAGUCUUAUAAACAAAAUGAACUGGUUGAAAGAGGAAGGUUUCGGUGGUGUCAUGAUCUGGUCGAUCGACAUGGACGAUUUUCGUGGAUCAUGCGGUGCCGGAAAAUAUCCACUGAUCAAAGCAAUGAAGAAGGAAUUGCAGGAUUACAAAAUCAAAUUGGAAUACGAUGGUCCAUACGAGAGUUCCGUUAGAAAUGGCAAAUACACUACGAAAGAUCCGAACGAAGUGACCUGUGACGAAGAGGACAAUCACAUAUCCUAUCACCCAGACAAAAGCGAUUGCACGAUGUAUUACAUGUGCGAAGGUGAACGCAAACAUCAUAUGCCCUGCCCAGUUAAUCUCGUUUUCAAUCCCAACGAGAACGUCUGCGAUUGGCCGGAAAACGUUGAGGGAUGUUUGCAACACACGCAAGCGCCGCCUUUGCGAAAAUAAUUAAAUGAAUAAGAGAGAGAGAAAAGGAAGGAAAAUUAUUUUUGCAUAAAACAAAAAAAAGAAAAACUGCGGCAUUUUACGUGUGCGAUAAAAACGGAAAAAGAUGAAUAACAAGGAUGAUAAGAUCUUUAUCAUCGAGUUUUAUCAGCCCUGUUUUUAAUUCAGUAGAUAGAUAGAUAAAAAAGAAAAAAAAGAGAGACAGAGAGAGAGAGAGAGAGAGAGAGAGAGA